GACAAACGCAACGCCUUAUCCGUUGUUGAGACGUUUUUCGGCCGGUUCGAGGGAAAGGGCCCUGUGGCAGGGCCGGAUGAGCCACUGGCUUGGUCACUGAAGUUGGGGUAACGUUUGUGACUAUAUUAUUGCAAUAUUCCCACUGCCAGCUUACCCCAUUCUUGCUUCCUAAUUCUUCAUUCCAUAGCCUUUUAUUCUUCUAUAAUCUCUUCAAGUCACACCUGUUAUUCCUACUGAAACCAAAGGCAAGCUACCGGAACUCCUAUACAUCCACUUUCAGCCAUGUCAACACAAGCGCAACCACCACACGAACCGCCACCAAGCUAUGAAGCAGCUACAGAUCCCUCUCCGGGGAUCCAACGAGUAUCCACCGACGGACCAGCAGCUCUAACCGCAAGAAAUGGCAUUCCCCCCGAGCAUCGACGGUCUAUGGAGGAUGAGAACCGGCCACUGCCUCCAGGAUGGAUCCGACAGUUCGACGCCCAGGAGCAACACCAGUUCUUCGUCGACACACGCUCGGAACCACCACGCUCAAUAUGGGUUCACCCCUACGACGAUCCAGAAUACCUCUCAACACUCUCACCAGAAGAGCGCAAGCGACACAGCCGACUACACCGAAGCAUGACGCUCGACGACCUCGCCGCCGAAGACACCGACCCAGAAGACGACGACGACAUCCACAAACCCACCACCACCCACCCCCUCGACGUCCGCAAACACGUCUCCCACCCCGCCGCCGCAGCAGGCCCCUCCUCCCUCGCACCCGCCGAACUCCCCGCCCGCCCCUCCUCCUCCUCCUCCGACGUCAAAGGCCUCCACAAAUUCGGCCGCAAGAUGAAAGACCGCCUCACCUCCACCACGCACGCGGAGCGCGAAACCACGCGCGCGCGCCGCGCCGAGGAAGAGCGUCAAGCCUACCAAAUGCACCUUCGCACCCGGCAAGCCAUGGCCCGCGCCGUCGAGACGGGGCAGCCGCAGUUCCUGGGCAAGGACGACCAGGGCAAGGACGUGUACAUCGAGCCGCCGAUGGGGUAUCGCGAUGGGUACGGGGGGUAUUAUGGUGGUGGUGGGAGAGGCGCGUACGGGUAUAAUCCGUACAAUCAGGGGCCGUAUACGGAUCCGAAUGCCAGGUUCGUGAGGCCGGUUGGGGCGUAUGAUAGACAGUAUGGCUAUGGGUAUGGCGGCGGGAUUGGCCUGCCUGUCGCAGCGGGCUUCUUGGGCGGCGCGGUGCUUGGUGGGUUGUUGUUUUAAGUUAUGGGGCUUUGCUUUUAAGUUGGACUUCACUAAUGUUUUUCUUCCUUUGGGUUUCUUUCCCUUUCUUUUGUUUGUCUGGAGUCGGCUGGUUAUACCAUGCUUUCCUUUUGGUGUCCUGUCCUUGUUUGCGUACAUUUCCCCUUCUCAUUCUAUUCGAACGUGCGGUACGGUUCAAGGGGUUAAAGGAGUUUGGGAUGUUGUAAUACCACCACCACUAGACUGCACGAGAAGCCACGACUACCGGAUUAUAUGAGAUAUGAAAUUUACGACCGACUCACUCGAGAAUG